AUGAGUUUCCUCUUUGGCAAGAAGAAAACCCCCGCAGGUAUCGUGCUCUCUCUUCCUCUUCCCACGAAUCUGAUUCGAUUGAUAUUUGUUACCUUUUUGGAACGUCGUUGAGAAAUUCCCGCUUGAUCCCUAGCCGAUUGUGUAUUGAACGGCUGAUCUGGGAAGGCCUUUUGUUCAUCCAUUUUUUCCAUCAUUUUUUUUUUCUGUUUCUCGUUGAAGAAGAUGAUGAAUGGUCCGGUUUUCGUAUAAUUGGUCACUAGCACGGGUGCGAAUCCUUUUUUCUCCUAAUUUUUUACUGUCUUUCGUCUAUCGCACAGAGAUUCUGCGGGAAAAUAAGCGGAUGCUGGACAGAUCCAUAAGAGAUAUCGAGAGGGAAAGGCAGGGGCUUCAAAACCAAGAGAAGAGGCUCAUAAUGGAGAUAAAGAAGACCGCCAAACAAGGACAAAUGGUUUGCGUUCUUUGUCUGCCUGCCUUUGUCUACGUUGAUAUUAGUGCGUCUAUUCGAACUAAUGAAAACCGAUAUUCUCCUAAUAACUUGGAAUUUUAUAGACAAAAGUGUUGAGUAUGAUCUUAGUCUGAGUUUUUUAACCAUAUCGUAGAUUCCAUCAGAUCUACUCCAUAUUAUUCACCUUUUCUGCGCGACCAUGUUUAGAUUAAACCCUACAGGUAAUUUAUCCCAUCAAUUUGAGGCUAGUAUUAAAUAUGGAUUUUUUUACAUUUUUCUCAGGAUUAUGGUUGGAGUCAGUUACAUACUGGUAGCAUAAGAUAUGGAUUUUUAUCUCAUCAAUUUGAUGCUGAGCAUUUCCGAUGUUUUACUUGUUGUUGGCCUUGUCUAUGGUAAACCUUCUAUUAGGUAAGAAAAAAAUUAUAGUCAAGAUAAUUUUUGAUGAGAGGAUCAUAAAAUUUCUUUUUAAGGUCUGCCAUCAGGAAAAUGCCUUCCGUCUUGAUUGUUUAAAAUUUCUUAAUCAUGGAAAAACCAUCGGUGGUUCCUAUAGGCUGCUACUAAUGCAGAUGUGGUCAAUGCAAAUAUAACUAUACUAACUGAGUGACCCUCAAGCUGAAUUGAGGCCAGUUGAUCGCUUAUCUUUCUCUACAUUAAGUGAAAACUGAAGGAGUUUUUCCUACUUUCUUGGGGACUUCACAGAGCUUUGUCUGUUAUGUAGCGCUUGUGGAAAUAAUCCCUCCCCAGCAGAGGUAUGAACCAUUCUGGUCAUUGUGACCUCAGAGUCAAGAAAGUUCAUAAAUUCUGAUCCAGAUCUAGAUCCUACCCUUAAAAGGGAAGUUGAAGCUCUCACGCAUUAUCCUACGAUUCUUUUGCAGUAUUCAUGCACAGCAUUGACUAAAAAUUAUCUUUUAUUAUGUGGUUUUUCUAUCGUCGUAUGGAAGACCUACAAUUGUCUGAAUCUCUGCCUUUAUAUCUACUCUCUCAACACAUGGGUGCAGAAUAAUCUUCCUGUUCCAGCUCAGGUUUACUGCUAUAUGCAUGACUUAGGCCAUUUCAGCACAACAUAGGCCAGUAGUUUGUAUUCAUUCACGGUCAUUAUUUUUUGUCUUUGUCUCGGUGAGUCUUCACCCACAAGCAAAUGGAGGACAGCCAGAUUCAUUAUUGUCAAAACAAAAAUCCCGUUCUUCUAUUCAUUCAAUAUAUUAGUGGCUACAUUAUUUACUUAUUCCAAUAUUUUUUAGGCACGAGAAUAAUUCCUCACGUCUUGUUUCUCACUGUUUUGAUUAAAUCACAAGAAUAAAUGCGAUUUUGGCAGAUCUUUUAGUUCUUUCGCCUUAUUUGCCUUGUGCUAUGCUCACAUUCUUGGUGCUUUCUUGCUGUGCCCUGUGAGAGUAUGUAUAAAAAUGGAAGGCAAUAGAUUUGAUUUCGUGGCUCUAAUGUUACAGGGAGCUGUGAAGAUCAUGGCAAAGGACCUCAUUCGAACACGGCAUCAGAUCACAAAGUUUUAUGCACUCAAGUCUCAGCUCCAAGGGGUAUCCCUCAGGAUUCAGGUGAAGUAUGGAAACUAUCAUUGAAGCAUCACAAAAGCUUCUUUCCAUGUAUUACAAGUUAUUGGUUAAGGCAGGACUCUCAUGGGAAACCGGAUGGCUAAUUAUGACAUACAUCUGUGGGAUGAUAGAUGAGAUAAUUCCAGCUUAUGACUUUUAAGUUUGAUUGAUUGUGAUUUCUUCUGGUAUUAAUGAAUGGAAUUGCCCUAUUCCUCAGACGCUGAAGUCAACUCAGGCAAUGGGCGAGGCCAUGAAAGGAGUCACCAAGGCGAUGAGGCAGAUGAACAGGCAGAUGAACCUUCCUUCUCUGCAGAAGAUCAUGCAGGAAUUCGAGAUGCAGAACGAGAAGAUGGAGAUGGUGACUGAAGUCAUGGGAGAUGCAAUCGACGAGGCCCUGGAAGGAGAUGAGGAGGAGGCAGAAACAGAAGAGCUCGUGAGUCAAGUUCUCGAUGAGAUUGGAAUCAACAUCAACGAGCAGGUUGGUCUUCAAGUACACGAUAUUAUAUAUUUAUACAUAUAGGAUUUCUAUCUAUAUGCAAUAUAUACAGAUAUAUAUAUAUAUAUAUUAUAUGAUUAUAUGUGUUGGCACUAAAUACUAAAUUUUUCUAUGUAUCCUCAUGUGCAUAUACGUAUACAUUACCAUCAUAAUCUAUGGACACCAAAAAUUCUAUUUUUUUUAUUUCAUCUGAUUUCCAUUUUUUGUCCAUUUGUAUUUAUAUAUAUAUAUGUAUAUACCUUGUCAUCAUAAUCUGCUCCUGCUAAAUACUUUUUUUCUACCUUUUGUAUGAUUUAUUUAUAUGCAUAUACAUAUAUAUAAUCAAUCAAAAUAAUGACUUCCGUUCACAUAAUUUACAUAUCCUCAUGUGCAUAUAGAUAUACAUUACGAUCGUAAUCUAUUGGCACCAAAAUUCUAUUUUGUUUCUUUCAUCUGAUUUGUAGUAUUUGUUAUCCAUAUGUACAUGCAUUAUCAUCAUAAUCUUGCGCUGCUGAAGAGUUUUUUUUUCUACCUUCUGUAUGAUUCAUGUAUAUCCAUUUGUGCAUAAUCAAUCGAAGUGAAGAACACUCUUUUUUUUUCUUCCGUUUACAUAAUUUACGUAUUCUCAUGUGCAUAAUAAAUCCUUUUGGCUCUAAAUAAGAUUUUUUCUUUUCUUACCCUCCUCGUCCGUGUGACAUCAGCUGGUGAAGGCACCCUCAUCGGUGGUGGCAGCGCCUGCCGCUCCCAGCAAGGUGGCUCAGGCAGAGGCGGCCGGCGAGGACGGCGGGAUAGACAGCGAGCUGCAGGCGAGAUUAGACAACCUAAGAAAGAUGUGA